AUGACAGUAUACUUCUGCGAAGAACGGCACAAGCCUUGCAAGCCAUACGAAGUUUACGGACGAAAGGGAUACGCGAAGAACUUUGAGAGACACGCCAUGUGUGUCCAAACAUGUCACUUUGUCGCGAAAGGUAAACUGGCUACUUUUCCCUUCAGUCCUUUCUGCGGUUUCCUCCUGCUGCCCUUCCAAGCCUUCUUCAGUGCCUCUGCAUAAGCUGCAUCGUUUAAUCUAAAGAAUGGACAGUCAGUACUCGUAUGCAAAUGCUUUUUGUUUUUUAGUUGAACACAGCCCUGACGAUCACUUCGAAAUGUGUUCGGACAACAUGGAUAAAUGUAUUGAUAUAAAGCGGAUAAAUGGGACCUUUGAUGCCUUCAGUAAAUGCGCGUUUAAAUGCGAUGGUUGGCCAAAACGUGAGCUGCUAUAUUUUCACUGAGAUUUCCGCGGCAGCUCACAUACAAUGCCUUGCCGUUGUUUCAGACUGUUUUUUUACUUUAAGUGGAAAACACUUUGGAGGGCUCAACAGUCUUCUGUCCUAACGAAGGCGUUUGUGUAACCGCGAAAUACUUCAGACGUCCAAAAGGUGGAAAUGCGUUCGUUGGUCUGAAAAGAUGCAUCAGAAAGUGCAUGUCAGGUGAUGUCAGAUAUUCAGUUUUCAAAAGCACACCAUAUUUUAUGACUUUAAUUGGAAAUGAAAUGUUGCACAUCAUUGAGCGGCAGUCCCUACCAAAUAGUAAACAUAUAUUUCACUCGUAGAGAAUAUCCGCAAUUAUUAGCUUUGCGAAAUUUCAUUGGUUUAUUUGGAUUAUAACAAUGAUUACCUUGAAUUUUAGCGAGAAUAAACCUACAGAGUUGUAUUCAAGUAGUACACUUUACAGAAGACUGUUCCUUAAUUGAUGGCUGACUCGUUCAUACACGAAUAUCUCGUAGAUAUAUGUGGAAUAUCUCAUAACCUUUGCUCCAUCAUUUGCGCUAUACGUGUCUUCAUAUGCUGCCUGAAUGUUUUGGUAGCAUUCCCUUCACGCUGUUAAUGGCCGUGAAAUUUAUAUUCAAAUCCACCAAAUAGCUAAUGCUAUAUUUUUUUCAUUCUAGAAUAA